GCUGCGGCUGACGUCUGACGCAUCCAAGAAUGCCGUUGCUCCGCGUUCAAUCUCGGUUUUUCGGCAUACACUGCGCGCUGACUAAAUAUCACGACAUUCUAUCCUCAACACUCUGUCAUAAGGAUUCCUUACAUUAGUGCACGUCUUCCGAUCCGAAACGUUUUCAUCCAUUAAAUUCCCAUUGGACUGUGUGGCAUUUUUUGGAUAUAAUUGUAUUUAUUUCCUUUAACCGCCCUUUUCCACAUACACUGCAUUCCAUUGCCAUUCCGCUUGAAUUGCCUUCCUCUUUCCCUGCAACUUCACGGCACAUUGCACUACCGCUAACAGUCACGUCUAUGUAAACGACUGAGUGUGCUACUGUCUUGUGUCAACAACGCGAUAAGGCCGCCAAGUUCCGUCGAUCGCCGAAAAAAGCAGCCCACAUUGUUGGAUCGCGCGGUGAAGAGGGGUACGCGUACAAUGUUGACACUGCUGAUGGAUGCCGGCGAGAAGGAGCGCGCCGCCGUCCCGGUCGCCGGCGAUAAUGAGGCCAUGACGCAGUCGCACCUCACCGAGCACUGCUCCGUCUCCGUGUCCGAUCUGCAGUUGUGCCUGGGACUGCAGGGCCACGAGGCGCCGCUGCAGCGGAUGCCGCACCAGCGCCAUCAAGACAGCGGAACGAACACCUCCUUCUCCAUGUCGGCCGGCAGCCAGCCCCCCUCAGCCUGGUCCUCCCGGACUCCCGGGGAGGCCAUGGCCUCCACCAGUCUCCUCAGUUCCGCCGCACCGUGUUUCUGCUCCGGAUGUUCGGGCGAUUCGCGCUGGCAGUACAGCGAUGAUGACUACACCUCGCCGUCGGCCGCCCUCGGGCUGCACUACCACCACCCCGGUCUGGCGGACUCCCUGCAUCCGGCCGCGCCGGACCGUCCACCCCGGCAGAUGUCCGCUUCCAUGCCGCCGCCGCAAUUCGCCGCGCAGGUCACGGAUUCCGGAGAUUCCAAACGCUUACUAUAUCAAUCGGCAUUUGUCGGGCAUUCACUUCCGGUCGAUCGCUCCGCCCCCAGUCAAUCGGAAUCCCUGGAAUUGGACCUCAGUGGGAGCCUACGUUUUUCCCCGUUGACUUCCGCCUCCAACCUCUUCCAGACGUCCAGUACGUCGCCCCUGGAGAGUGGGGAAAGCGGCCGCCCGAGCAUGUCCAGUAAAUUCAAUUAUUUCCUGGCGUUCAAUGAUCUGCAGCACAGCGGCGCGGUGUCGCAUAUCCAGCCAGAUGCGUCGCUGUUGGACAGCGGGACGGUGUGCCCCGAGGAGGCCCCGGACCCCGGUGGGAAGCUGCGGUGCUGGACAGACGUGGCCGAGUCGUAUAUGGAAACGCCGGUGAGCGCGUCGGUGAUCGGCCGCACCGCCGAGUCGGUGAUUGCGCCGUUGAAUGAAGUUAGAAAGCGGGCGACAACGGCCAAGAUGGCGCAUUCCGGGAGUCCCGAGUGUCAGGAGACAUCUGCCAGUGAUGUCAGCGCCACCUCGGGGUAUUCUUCGUCGCGCUCGUUGCAAAACGCCAACACACCAGGUCGACAAGCAUUCAGCCAGCAGUCGGGCUUUCCCUCCCCCGCCCAGGGCAUCCGUCAAAGCCCAUCCCUGCCCCUCAACGUGGGCACCGGCUGCAGCACCGCCGAGACUCUCCAACGCAACUAUGAGUUCUCCCAAAAAUACCGCCACACUGCCAGCGCAAACGCUCUCCAUCCCGACGCCUCCCCAACUCCCACCCCCACCGACAACCGUUCGAAACACUCGGCCCCCAACCUCCCGUUCCUCUCCGCCGCUCCGGCGUCUACCCGGUCCGCCACCCAACCCCCGACCCCGCCCACCAAGAUGCCGCGGCCCUUCUCUUGCCCGGAGCGCUUCCUCCCGGGUGGCGGUGACGCCGGGGCCCCGCUUCGCGUCAACACCGUCGACGACUGGGAGUCCCUGCGGGUGCUGCUUCCGACGCCGUUCCAGCGCUUCUUCCGGGCGCCGGAAGCUGCAGUGCAGCGUCUACCUAGCGUCCCGUGGGGCGUGCAUUCCGAUGAGGAGCGCCUGCGGAGACGGGACUCGGAGGAGGUGUGUCCGACGUGUUUCAAGAUGGUGGAGACCGGCGGGAUGACACAGUCGGUGUGUGACUGCUCCCCGGUGUUCCCGGCGUCGCCGACGUCUAGUUCGUCGUCCAAGUCGGCGGAGAUGGUGGGACCUGGGCAAUCAGCACGGAUGUCCCUUUUUGAUGAUCUUAUGGAGUUCUCGCAGAAGGAUACGCGAAACACGGCGCCCACGCAGAUUGUUGUCAAUCUCAAGCAUAAACAAGAACUCGUGACCGCGGUGAAAGCGGCUGCUGUUGGACUGAUCGGAUUGGCCGGGUUCCGCGGCAUGCAAAAAGAUAAGACUCCGGAAGCCGGCAAACACCAGCAGGCGGAGAACUUAUCCCGGAUGAUCCUGCAUCAGUUCAUUAUGGCGCUGCAACGGUUGCUGGAAGACGGCAUCCAUCGAGGAUACAGUGUCUGGUCGGUGCUCGUUACCGGCUCAUCAUCCACCGGCAAGAAACGCCGGAAUUCCCAUAAAACUGGCGCCUCGAUGGCGGUGCGCGUUAAAGAACUUGUGAAAGCGAUCGAGGGCUCCCCGCUGUUCCAAAAUGAUCAGCAGUGCUUUGCGCUCUUCGUUACGGAACUACUACGACUGGGCGAACUGAAAGACUGGUUAAGAUGGCGCAUCGAGCAGACGGACAUCUGCGCACAAUUACGCGCGUAUUACGCUAUGGAUGGCUUUGUCUUCUUGGCAUCUUCCAUAACCAAAGAUUUAUGGGAAGAUUUACUGGACACGCUAAACUGCCUGAAAUUCCCGCCGGCUUCCGCCACCCGGAAACCUUCAGAACCGGCAUCCCUAUCGCUGUCCAGCAGCGUCAUCCAGCCGACCAUCGGUUCCCCGCGUCAACCGGUCCAAAGCAGUCCGCGCGACAUGACCACCAGUUCCUCCGUAAAGCGUCUCGCCGAGAAACUCGGCCUCGUUCACCGUAAAGAAGACGAGCGACGUUUCUCCCUACUCCCCAGCUAUCCCACCCAGAUGUACGUGCCCAGCCGGCGGAAGAAGACCACUCCUGUCGAGGCCCCGCCCCCUGUCGACUACGCCGCCCAACCGCAUCUUUCCAUGCAUAUGAAAUCGAGAUGGAGUGAGUGGCAUCUUAGUCGGUUGGCCGAGAGCACGGAUGAUGUCCCGGGAGAGCCACCGGAGAGGCGAGGACUUGGGGCGGGGGUGGGCGUGGCCGGCGGGAUAGGCCGGACUAAGUCGCCUAGUUUGUUUGAUAUUCGGACGUUUGUUCAGUGAUGCUUGGCGUGUGCUUCCUGUAAUGUGAUGUGCGUGCUGUUUCGGCUGGAUUCCGUUUUAUACUGGCAUACUCGUUUCAUGGCUGAUGUACAGUGUCUUCCUUAAAUUCUCCGCAGAGCUGUUGAACGUUCUUGAACACAAUUCGAUAACAAUCAUCUGUUUAAGUUUACUGCCACG